GGCUUUGGUGUCCUGUGUGGUUAAGGGGAGUUUUGUCAGGAGAGAAAGACAUUACAUGUGCUUGUUGCACAGGGCUCCAACGGUAGGUCCUUUGCUCACUUGUGUGCAGGGGAUUUCAAGGACUUAACUGCCAAGCGCCUACAGUAGAUAUUGUUAGUGUCAUUUGACUACUCAUGGACUACAGAGACACACCGUCUGUGGCAUAGUCAAUGGUAGGAUUCUGAAAGAAGACAAAGAUGUGAGAUUGUUAUGCUUUUGUGUAAACAAUACAAUCAGCCUCACCGAAGGAUACGGCACUCACGCUUCGCACAAGUCUGUUUCCUCACAGAACAACACUUCCGUAAAACAACUGCUCUGCUUUGUCACUUGGAAAACAAUAUUGCUCUUUUCUGACCAAGAAAAGAAGAAGUGUCUCAAAAGGCUCGGAUGCAUUUGUCAAUGGAUACGCUCGGAAUUGUGGACGACAGUUGCCUGGACAACUAUGACAUGGCCAAAGGUGCUGGGUCAAGCAAUGGAGGCAGGGUCCACAGUAUUGAUGUCAUACUGGGAUUCACUAAAGACCAGGACCCUUUACUCCAUUCUGUAGGUGAUGAUGACGGCCAAAAAGCCAAUGGAGAAAACCCACAGCACCCUCAGAAGCAGAUCCCGUCGGACCCGUAUAGGCACCUUUCAGAAUUGGGUGACAGCUCCCAAAACUCUUCCUACCAUGAAUCAGACCUUUUCUCCGCUGACAAAUGUGAUGAAGAAAUGAGCAGUCUGCAGAAGGAAGUGGAUGUUGCUGAAGGGUCUCCAGAGGCCAUUACAGAGGAAGAGCACACUAAAAAGAAACACAGAAGAAACCGUACUACCUUCACCACCUAUCAGCUUCAUGAGCUGGAGCGAGCAUUCGAGAAGUCCCACUACCCAGACGUCUAUAGUCGGGAGGAGUUGGCAAUGAAGGUCAACUUGCCAGAGGUUCGAGUUCAGGUGUGGUUCCAGAACCGGAGAGCCAAGUGGAGACGACAAGAAAAGAUGGAUACUAGCACCAUGAAACUUCAUGACUCUCCCAUGCUAUCCUUCAAUCGUCCUCCGAUGCCUCCCAGUGUGGGGCCAAUGUCCAACCCGAUGCCCCUAGAUCCCUGGCUGACCUCGCCCAUCUCUAGUGCCACGCCCAUGCAUACCAUCCCGGGGUUCAUUGGUUCACCACAGGGCCUGCAGCCUGCCUAUCCAAGCCACAGCUUCCUCAACACCCCACCUGGCAUGGUCCAAGGUAUGCAACCAAUGGGCCCUCCCCCCUACCAGUGCCCACCCAGCUUCAAUGAUAAAUAUCCCAUGGAGGACGACAGGAGUUCCAGCAUCGCAGCACUCAGGAUGAAGGCCAAAGAGCACCUUCAGUCAAUGGAUAAAACCUGGCAGCACAUGUGAUCAGAUGAGGCACUGUGGAAGGAUUUUUGAGCUGUUUCCCGUGAAUGUUUACAAACUGCUUUUUCACUCAUUAUUUCCUGUAUCUAUGAUGAGGAUACAUGACACCAAAGGAGUCAGACAUCAUUUCCCUGAUGCUAAUAAGCAACUGUAAAAAAAAAAAAGAAAUCAUGAUUGAUUCUCUGGUGGCCCUUUUGAUUUAGCUCAAAAGUUUUUGGAAGUGACUCUUAAUUAGAGAAAAACCUCAAUGUGAAUGUUUUUACACUUUUGUUGAGUAUUUUCCUGCUCUCCUGAGAGGAUAUCUUUGUGGAGCGGGCUGAGCACUGUGCUUUGGGCAUUUUCUAGUAUCUAGAUCCUAGAACUAGACAAUUUAAGUACACAGGUGGAUGGUUCAAAGAGGGGUUUCUCCGUGUGUGUCUUUUCGGUGGGGUUUUCUCCAUGAUAUUCAAACUAUUGUUUCUUAGUGUAUAGGCUGUCCAGCAUAUUCUGCUAUAUUUCAGCCCAUUUGAAAGUUGCCACAAAUCUUUAUUCAAAUCAAUUCUCCCACUUAAUUCUAUUAAGUUAGGUUUAAAAGUGAUAUGUGUGUGUUUGAUUUAAAUCAUUAAACUGGCCUUUUGAAGAGCAUUGAGCCCUGUUGGGGCAGGUUAUCGGAAGUCACAGAGCGUAAUCUGGCUCAGAAGCUAAUUUAGACAGACAAGCAUACCUCUUAACACUUAAUUACUGCUUUUAAAGCGAUUAACCCCGGAUUCUCAGCCAUAGACAGAAUGCCCUCAGUUGCCCCUGAAAACCUUUUUCAAGACAUGAUUAUCUUUGCCCCUCCCCUCAAACUUGAGAAUUUAUUUAUUUUUUAUUUGAUAUAGCACAACAUGUUGAUGUUGCUUUUUGUUAUGCCCCUUCUUAAUCUUCAUCUUACGCGUAAAAGAUGCUUCUGAUUGCGUUGUUGACAAAAUAUUCCCUAAAGACAGGUGGAUUAUGAGUGAGAGAGUUAAUAGGUGCUCGCAGCCUCUUUUACCUUAGGAUGUAGCACUGUUUGAUGAAACGUUGGACCACAACAAUAAGGAAAUGACGUUACAAUAACCUUAAUCAGAGAAGUAAGGCCAUGAUAAUAUUGCUUGUGUUUUACACAGUAUGUUUACAGUAUGUGGGCAUUUGGUGCGUGUGCAUUAAAAUAAAGCAAAAAGGUAAAUAAUGCUCUCUCUGGCUCUGGAAAGGCAAUAAAAACAUGCAAUUAGAUGGAAUCAAUGGAAGAAUGACUUGCAAUGCAUUUUACCAGUGCUGUCCACUAUUUGGAAAAAUAAGGUGGUAUCAAGUUUAAUCUAGUGCUGGCAAUAAUACCCAUGUGGACACCAUAAUGACAUGUAAGGAAGAGUGAUCCUUUAAACCACUCUAAAACAUAAUAUGUCUAUCAUGCCCUUUAGACAGGGCAGCAUCCACACUGUCAGUUUAAUAGGUUUUGUUUUUUUAUAUUGUUAUAAUCCCUGUUGACAACAGUGGACUAAAAAGCCAAAGAUGUGAAAAAAGAACAUUUCUUAUUACUAGAAAACACAUUUAAAUGUGUGAGGAGGUUUUAUGUUCAAAAGAAAUGUCAUCAGUUAAGUAUUUCUAGUACUUUUGAGUUUAAGGAAUGUGUUUUCA